AAAAAAGAAAAAAAAACUUUUUAAAUUUCGAAGUAUUUUAUCACGACGGAUGGGAGAUUUUAAAGAUUUCAACAAGUUGAAACGUUUAAACCUGUGAUAGCGAGCUUUCGGUUGCCGUUUUUAAACUCUUAUGGAAGUAUUGUUGCGAUAGAAAUUGUACAACGCAAAGAGUUUAAAAAGUUGCAACGGAAUCUGAAAACGAGUUUUACGGUUGAAGGAUAUUAUUUAAAGUGGCGAGCAACCGGCACGUACUGAAACUAUUGUUUAAAUCUUGUCAACUUCUGACUUUUAACGCGAUUUAUUGUUACUAUUCUUUUAUUUAUAUUUAAGCGAAUAAUUUGGAUUUUGAUUACGCAUUCAAAAGAUUCUUUGUAGCCUGCCCCUUAAUUUAAAGAUGGAUAAUAAAGAGGUUUCUUCUCCUGAUAAUCCCAAUGAGUUUCAGCUGAUAAAUCCACCAACAGAUCUUAUAUCUUCCGUCAGGUUUGGUCCCAAUUCGAACCAGUUUUUACUUACAUCAUCUUGGGAUGCUCAUUUACGAUUAUAUGACGUUACAAGUAAUACGCUUAGAAUGAAGACAAAUAGUGGUAGACCUCUUCUGGAUUGUUGCUUCCAGGAUUCUGUUCAUGCUUGGAGUGGAGGAUUAGACUGGCAUGUUAGAUCUUAUGAUUUGAAUACAAAUACUGACGUUUUUAGAGGAACUCAUGAAGCUCCUGUUAAAUGCAUUGAACAUUGCCCUGAUGUGAAUGUUGUUAUCAGUGGUAGUUGGGAUAGAACUGUAAGAUUAUGGGAUACUAGAUUUCCCGAUUGUGCUGGAACAUAUCCUUUGCCCGACAAAGUAUACACCAUGGCAGUUUGUGGAGACAAACUCAUCGUUGGAACAGCAGGGAGAAGGGUAUUAAUAUAUGAAUUGAGGAACAUGUCUUACGUACAGCAGCGGAGAGAAUCCAGUUUAAAAUACCAAACAAGAUGUAUUAGGUGCUUUCCUAACCAGCAAGGCUUUGUAUUAAGUUCUAUAGAAGGUCGUGUUGCUGUUGAAUAUUUUGAUCCAAGUCCAGAAGUUCAAAAGAAAAAGUAUGCUUUUAAGUGCCAUCGGUUUAAAGAAAGCAGUGGAGUAGAAUUAAUAUAUCCUGUGAACACAAUAGCUUUUCAUGAAAACUAUAAUACAUUUGCUACUGGUGGAUCUGAUGGAUUUGUGAAUAUUUGGGAUGGAUUUAACAAAAAGCGACUUUGCCAAUUUCAUCGCUAUCCAACCCAUAUUUCUUCUCUAUCAUUCAGUCCUGAUGGUACGACAAUAGCUAUCGCAUCAUCUUUCAUUUUUGAAAAUGACAAUAUUAAAGAUCCACCUCCAGAUGCUAUUUAUAUUAGAACUGUAACAGACCAAGAAACAAAACCCAAAUAAUUUGUUUCUAUUACAUUUUCAUGAAUUUCAUUGUAAACAAAAACCAUUGUAAUUCUUUUAAAUAGUAAAGUUUACUUUUAAGAUUAUUUUGUAUUAAGUUCUCUUGUCAAUAGUUAUCUUGAUGCUAGUUUUUAACCUUUGGUUACUAAAAAGCUUAACCAGUGUUAUUCUGUAACUAAACUCAUAGACUACAAAUUGAAAACUAAUUAUUUCCUUCCUUUAUGUUGAAUAAACUGGAGUGAAAGGGAACUGCUCUUAAAUUUUUAUUAUAAUAUAGAUUAAUGACAAAAUUAAAUAUUUACAAUCUUGAAAGAAGUGUUAUGCAAUCUGGUACAAUUUGGGAGUAUAUUUAACAAAUGUUUAGUUUAGGAUUAAACUGAAAAGAUUUCCCUUUAAAAUUUACUAUUUAUAUUAAAAAUGUUUCAGAUCAAGAAACAGAAUCUAAAUAAUUUGAUGUAAUUCUUUUUUUCUUCUUUUCACCGUGGCAUUUGCUUUAAAGAACUUUUUAUCAGGUUAUCUGUUAACAAUCAUUAAUUCAUUUGUUAAAUAAGGAGUGCUUCUGCUCGAAUUUAUGCACAAAUCAUUGAGUUAAUUCCAAAAAAAAAAAGAAAAAGAUGUUUAAAAUUUAUGAAUAGUUAAUAAGAAUUAAUAGAAUAAAUUAUCUGGGUUAUAUUUCUAGAAUUUAUAAAUUGUUUUUAAUAGUCUAAGAACAGUUGUUUUUUGUUGUUUAGUUGAACAUGACAUAUUUAUGAAUGAUAGGAAAUUAUCUUGGAUUAUUAUUAUUCAAUAAAAUUAAAAAAAAAAAACUCAAGAACUAAAUUUUACAAAUGGUUUGCAGUGAUCAAAGUAUGCAAUAGUUUGUUCAGAAGAAAAAAAUGAAAAUUAAAAAUAAACAAAUUCAGGCAAAAAUCAUGAAAAUAAAAUUCAAAUAUUUUUUUUAUAAAUCAGUCUAAAAUUGUAUAAAUGCAAAUGUUUAGUUUCUUCUAUGAAUUUUAUGUUAUCAAGUGUUUAUGCUGAAAAAAAAGCUGCUUCAUACUUUUUUUUAAUUUAUUUAAAAAAAAAAAUUUGAUUUUCAAUCAUGAUGUUUAGAUUUUUUGGCUUUCAUUUUUCGACAAUUCAAAAUAUAUGAUUCUACGAGUAUAUGAAAUGUCAGCAUUUUAUAGAAUGCCUUCUGUACAAAGAAAUUGGAUGUCUGAAAUUGGACUUGUGCUACUCUGUAGGAAUCUAUCAUUGAACAAACUGCCAAAAUUCUUAGAAACUAAAUAAAUAAAUUGAUUAAAUAGAUAGAUAAAUAAAUAAAAUACUUGAAUUAUAUAAAAUAUUUAUGCAAAAUAGUUAUCUAGGCUUGUGCAACUGGGAAUGUCAUAUAUUUUGUGUGUGAUCCAUGUUAACUCACUUGUUGCCCACGUUAACUUACUGGGAAUUGAUACAACACUCUACAAAAAGAACCCCUUUUAUCAUAUGGGGAAACUAGUUUGGGAUAUUAAAAAGGCAUGUCAAAAUGUGUCCCAUGAGAAUUAAAUGAUUAUAAUUUCUGAUAAUUGCUCUGUAAUGCAUGCUAUGUAAAUUACUUUCAACUGGCAGAGAAAAUCUAGGUUCUACUCCCAAAAUAUUAUUCUUUAAAAUUUUUUUUGUAUAAAAACAUGUUGAAUGUUAAAGAGUUCAUUAAACCCUUCAAGAGGAUUAAUAAUUUUUCCAAAGUAAUAUAAAGUUUUCUGGUUAGAAAAGCAUUUAGGUUAAAAUGCUUGAAAGUACUUUUAAAUUAAAGUGCUGAAAGAAAUUCUGUAGGCAUAUAUGUUAUGGUGAAAACCUGAAGUUUGGUAAAUUCUAGGUUUUAUCACACUGAUUUUUCUGAAAGUCUGAAGUAUGUUUUAAUAUGAUUCCAUUUCUGCAUUUUAUCAAGUCUUUGUGAUAAAACCUAGGGGUUUCCAAGUCGCUUUAGUGAAACCGAAAUUUUACAGGUAAAGCUUCAGCUUUAACAGUUGUAAUUCUGAAAACCCAAAGUCUGGUUAAUCCUCGGUUGUACCAAUAAAACUUAGCUUUUACCAAAGUGACUUCUUAAAAGUUUGAAGUGCGCUUUAAUAUGAUUCCAUUUCGGCCUUUUACCAAUUUUUUUCAGGCUUUUACAGUAGCAUAUAUGUAUGUCCUAAGUAAAAUAUUUAGUAUUUCUUCAUUAAAUACUGUGUUUUUCUCUUCAUAUAAUGUAUGUUCUGUUUAACAUGUUUUCAUUGUUUAUUAAUAAAUCUAAAUUUUUUUGUGGUGAAAACAUUUUAUUUUUUAAUCAGAAUAAAUCUGUUUUGUGAAUAUCAUCUUUUUACACCUUUAAGAUAUUUUAAAAUUUUCUACUAUGUAUGUAAUAUAUUUCACUUAAACUUCUCAAUAAAGCAAUUUAUUUUAA